CCGGAUGAGCCGGGCUGGGGCGGCCGGGAAGCGGCGGCCUGCGGGCGCGGCCCCCGCCAUGGCGGCGGCGCGGUGAGGGCAGCGCCGCUCGGGGCGCGGUGCGGGGCCGGGAUGCUGCAGCUCUACGUGAUCCUGCUCUCGGCGCUGGCCGGCUGCGUCCUCACGCUCCUGCUCCAGCUCUUGCUCCUCUACAGGAAGAGACCGCGGCUCCCCAUGGCGGUUGGAGCUUUCGGGAGCCUCUUCUACUCCCGCGUCGCGCCCAGCCGCAGCCUCCGAGACUAUCUCCAGUUCUCGCAGCCGGGCGGCAACAAGGCGGCUCCGGAGCCGGCCCCCGGCCCGGCCCCGGCUGCAGCGCCGGCUCCUGCCGCGGCUCCUGCCGCCGCCCCGGAGCCUGGUGCCAAGCAGCCGCAGCCGCCGCCACCGCAGCAGCAGCCACCGCAGCAGCAGCCACCGCAGCAAACACCGCAACAGCCGCCACCACAACAGCCGCCACCACAACAGCCGCCACCGCAACAGCAGCCACCGCAGCAAACACCGCAGCAGCAGCCACCGCAGCAAACACCGCAGCAGCCACCGCAACAGCAGCAAACACCGCAGCAAACACCGCAGCAGCAGCCACCGCAGCCACCACCGCAGCAGCCGCCGCAGCAGUCAGAGCAGCAGCCAGAGCAGCAGCAGCAGCAACCAGAGCCCUCUCCGGAGCCCUUCUGCGAGGAGACGUGCCAUUUCCUCAAUGCCAUCUUUCUCUUCCUCUUCAGAGAGCUCAGGGACACGUCCCUGGUCAGGAACUGGGUCACCAAGAAGAUCAAGGUGGAGUUUGAGGAGCUACUGCAGGCCAAGAUGACGGGGAAGGUGCUGGAGGGGCUCAGUCUCAGGGACGUGUCUCUGGGCAGCGUCCUGCCCGUCUUCAAAGCUGUCAAGCUCAUUCGGCCGGUGGUCUGCAACGAGGAGGGCUGCCCCGAGGAGCUGAUCUUUGAGGUAGACAUGGAGUACAACGGUGGCUUCCACUUGGCCAUUGAUGCUGACCUGGUCUUUGGCAAGUCGGCCUACCUCUUUGUCAAGAUCUCCAGCGUGACGGGGAGGCUGAGGCUGGUUUUCACACGCCUGCCCUUCACCCACUGGUCCUUCUCUUUCAUGGAAGACCCUGUGAUAGUCUUUGAAGUGCAGUCUCAGUUUGAAGGGAGGCCCAUGCCUCAGCUCACUUCCAUCAUUGUCAACCAGUUCAAGAAAGUUAUUAAGCGCAAGCACACCUUGCCCAAUUACAAAAUCAGGUUCAAGCCAUUUUUUCCAUUUGAAAUGUUUUGCCGUGAUGAGUAUGAAGAUCGAGACUUUUGUAUCCAGGAUAUUCUGUUGACAGAAGGUCGACUAAAAGUCACCUUACUGGAAUGUUCCAGGUUAUUAAUUUUUGGAUCCUAUGAUACAGAAGCAAGUGUUCAUUGCACGAUGGAGCUGAGCACUGAUGUUUGGGAAGAAAAAUCAAGAAGUGCUAUUAAAACGGCAGAACUAGUGAAAGGGAAUCUGCAAAGUGUCGGGCUCACGCUCCGCCUCGUGCAGUCCAAGGAAGAUGAUGCAGGACAUGUUGUCAUUGAAACUGUGGCUCCAAACUCACCUGCUGCAGCUGCUGAUCUACAGAGGGGAGACAGACUUCUUGCAAUUGGCAAUGUUAAAAUCACAUCGACUGUCCAAGUGUUGAAGCUUAUCAGACAGGCUGGGGACAGAGUUUUAGUCUUUUAUGAAAGGCCCGUUGGACAAAAUCAGCAGAGUUCAGCCCUGCAGGAUGGAUUUGGACAGUUGGAAGACACUGCUUUCGUGACACAGCCAGAAGAUGAUCAAGCUAGUUUACCAGCUGAGGUUGACAACAGAGAUUUCGAUUCCGAAUUUGAGGAGUUAGGUUGUGAAUCAGCUGACCAAAAAGAAGACCUGCCAGCAGCUCCCAGCCCCAGACGGUCAGUAGCAAUACUUUCUAGUAAACCACUUGUACCUAUAUCUCCGAUUCUGAAUCGAAAACGGAAUGUAGGCAGUCAGCAGACAACAUCAAAAGUGCAACAAAAAGAUGGAGCUAAAGUGGCAACACCCAAAACUGUUGAGAGUUCAGAUGCACCGCAGCAAUCAGGUAAACAAUCACAAGGAACCAGUACUAAGUCUCCUGUGCCAUCUAGGCCACCAAGUAAGACUAGUUUGUGUAGUAUCGAAACUCAGAAUCUGUGGGAAACUGCGAGUUUAUUUUCUGAAAAAUCAGAAAGGCUAGCUCCACCUACCAGUAAUGGGGAUAAAUGUACAGAGAAAGUAGUAAAGAAUAAUGAUCAAAUAGAAGACCCAAUGGUAUCAAAAGUAUUAACAGCACCAAAACAGGAUACAUUAAAAGAUGGAGUUUCAGAACAUACACGUAGUUCCAAAGACAGUGGAGAUGAUCAUCAAACAUGGGAAUCACCAGAAAUUCCUUAUAAAGUCCGGCAGGGCCGAUGGCCAAGGGGAAGGACAGCUUCCUGUCUAUUUGAAGUAGAAGGACAGCAUAAGUACCUUAACAUUGCACUGUGGUGCAGAGACCCUUUCAAAGCAGGUGGGUUUAUCUGCUUAGGAUAUGUAAACAUAAGACUUGAAGAAAUUGCUUUAGAUUGUCUAGCUACAUCCUCAAUGGAAUACUGUAGAACACACAGACUGAGUGCUCCUGCUCCUAAAGCAGCAGUCACUAGAGCAGCAUUGAGGAAUUUGACAGCCCAUAAGGGAUUCAAUGAAAAAUUUUGUUAUGGUGAUAUAACUUUACACUUCAAGUAUUUGAAAGAAUGUGACACAGAAGAUUCAGUCUCUCUUGUGGAAGUAGACAGGGAAAGUCAGUUGGAAGAAGAAGCUCAGCCACUUCCAAAAGAGGAGCCUUCCUUGGGACAGGCGGUUUUAAUGGAGAACAGGCAUAACUUUCAAGAUACGCAGUUCCAGAAUCCAACUUGGUGUGAUUACUGCAAAAAGAAAGUAUGGACUAAAGCAGCUUCCCAGUGCUUGCUCUGUGCUUAUGUUUGCCAUAAAAAAUGUCAAGAAAAAUGUCUAGCGGAGAUGCCCUUUUGUGUAGGAGCCGAAAAGCUUCCCCAAGCUGCAACCCCUCGUGUUGAUUCAGAGUCUAAAUCUGUUCACAGAACUACUGGCUUGACCAGGCAUUUCAUCAAUACAGGCACCCGUUUCUUAAACCUUCGUCCAGUCCCCAAAGCUCGCCUCUCUGAGCCAGGAACAGAGGUGGUGGAACCUUCACCAAAGCACACACCAAACACUUCUGAUAACGAAAGUAGUGAUACUGAAAUCAGUGGGCCCAGCAGUCCUUCCAAACGUGCAUCAGGUACUGGGAUAAAGUUGGUCCGAAAGGAGUCUGGUCUAGAUGACAGUGUCUUCAUUGCUGUGAAAGAAAUUGGGCGUGACCUCUACAGAAGUUUACCCACAGAGGAACGUUUUCAGAAAUUAGAAUUUAUGUUGGAUAAGCUGCAGAAUGAAAUAGACCAGGAGCUGGAAAAUAAUAAUUCACUCGUGAAAGAAGAGAGAGAGACAACUGAUGCAAGGAGAAAAGCCUUGAUUUCUGCUGCGCUGGUGAAGUCGGGUGAAAGACUGCAGGCCCUGACACUGCUGAUGAUCCACUACAAAGCAGGCAUCGAGGAUAUAGAGUCCUUGGAGAGCAUGUCAUUAGAGCGACAGUCCAGAAGAGGGACUAGAGAUUCAGAGGAGCCCAGUAUAGCAGAAGAAAUGGAUAACGAAGAUGUCAGUCUGACAGAGGCUCCAACAUUCAACAUCAUAUCAGAGGAACCAGUUGAUCCACCUCAAUCGGAAGACGGAUAUGGACAUGUUUAGUCUUUGAAGGAAUGAACUAAAAGAAUACUUUGCACUUAAUGACAGACACACACACAUUAAAUUAAAACACUGGUAUACUGUACAUGUCCGGCUUCUCCACGAUUAUUUGCCUGUGUAAGAGUACAGCUGAUAAUGGUUCUUCGCCAGCUACAGCACCAUCGUUUUGUUAAACUGGCUGGUUAAAACUACAUUUUGGGGUUUCUAUUGCAAAUUUAUUUUUAAUAACUUAUUUUUAUUUUUUCUAAGUACGUAACCUUACCAUUUCACAUUAAUGUGUGUGGUGUCCUUCAUGCAUUACUUUCCCUUUCCCCCCAACCUUCACACCCCCCCCCCCUUUUUUUUUUUUUUUUUUUUUUUUUUGAGCUAGUGUUUUCAACAGGAAACUGGCAGGAUUUUCAAGAUGUUUAGUUUCCAGUGUAUGAUGAAAAACUUAUAAGCUUGUUGCAUGCCUAAGCUGAUGACUGACACAGAAGUCACGGAGGGACCAGGCUUUAAAAUGUUGUGAUCAAAGUUAAUUGUACGUCUUGUGGGUAGUUGUGUGUUUUUUGCCAAACGUAUCAUGAAAGCAAACAAAAGGUCUUUUCAUUUGGUCUGUUGUUGUUUAUGAAGUCAACAUUGCAUAUCAUUUGUUUGCUGUAUUUUUGUUUAGUACAAGAACUCUUCAUAGUUUGUAAUUAAGAUGAAUUGUAGUAAUGCUAUGCUAAAGAAAGUCCUCCUUAGAACUUGGGGCUGUUGUAUCCUGAUGGAAUAAUACUAGAUAUGAAAGCACAUACCAGUAGCUCUUAAUAAUUGAAUUGGGAAUGUUUUUGAGAUAAGAGGCUGGUUGCCUUCCAGAACAAAAUUACAUGUUUAAGUGUUGUUGUAUAAUCUGAUAACCUGAUAAAGGAAAAUUGUUCUUCACAAGUGCUAGAGGUUUCAUGGCAUUCUAUGAAAAAGCAGAUAAUGAUGGUUUAAAUAAUUUAAAAAAAUUAUAUAGUAUUUUGCUGCAGACUUAUAUCAUUUCAGAAAGCUUAAGGCACAAAAUACUUUACAGAAUAGCUAAACAUGUUAUCUCAAAACUUCAGAGUAAUCAUGUAGUGGUAAGUUGCAUUCAACUUCUCAGACAGAAGAGACAGUCUGAGCAGAAGGAUUGCCUUUGUCAGAAUAAUGUCCUAUAGUGUAUAUAACGUUUUAUUUGAGUCAAAAUGAGUGAGUCUAGUAGAGAUGAGGAAGAAUUUCAGCCAGCAGCUUUUGAAAAGAACUAUCUGGUCUUGUGCUGUGUAUAAACUGUGGAUCUUAGCAUCACCUAACUAAGGCUGUUGUUCUUACUUAUUUCCUGUAAACAUGUCUUUGUUUCAUCUUCUGUGUAUAGAAAUGCCAUAUAAAAUGUCAUCUUUACUUUAGGUACUGUGUUAGGUACUGGUAUUGGUAUCACUGGUAGUAGAAAGAAAAUGCCUAUGUGGAAAUGGAGUUGCAUCUAAGAUGGUGAAAUAACUAGUUUAAAUUUUCCAGCAGUCUGUAAUGUACCUCUCCAUUCAAUUUGCUUCUCAGUUGAUUGUGUGAUGGGCAAAAUUAAGAAGCAAUGGUUUUCACAGAUGGUACUUCUAAACAACUACUUGCACUUUUUUGUGAGUUCUGGGCAGUUGAUACUUGCUUCGUUGAUGUAAGGAAAACACUAUCCAUGCUAAAACAGGCAUGUAACACACUUCUGAAAUUAAGCUUCAGCAAAUAAUCGCACAAAAUUAGCUUCCCUUAUUGACUAAAAGUUAUUUAACCUCUACUUGCUUGAGAUGCAUAUAUUAAGACUUCCCCACUCCAUUUUUCUCAGUGGCUUACCAUUGGUGGUGAUCCUGCAUUCAAUCUCCAUCAGUGUUUGCUCUUAUGGACUACUAUAGAGCUUUUCAAAUAUAUCCAACUACUUCAUUCAAACCCUGGUACACAUGAAGGAGCUGUGAAAACAAUGCAAAUACUGAUUUCAAAAAUACACAUCCGUGGGUUUUAAUUGACUUGUGUAAUGCAGUGGGUGAGAAAAGCUGGAUAUAGUUUUCCUCAUAUAGUAUUGCUCAUGAUGAUUGUAAGAGAUAAAUUAAAGGUAGUGCAAUAUUUUUAAAUGCAGCCAAUGGGAUAAGGGCAAAAUUAGUUGUAUUUUAGUGUUAAGAAGGAAAACGGAAAUUCCUGUCUGGCAUCAAUUACAAUAAGUGGUGAAUCUUGAGAAGAAAAUUGUAAUACUACAUUCCUGAUGUAAUCUUUGCUUCAUGCUUGAUUGUAAAUAGCUGAAAAUAAAGAAUACCACAGAAAACAAGAAUACCUUGGCUUAAUGAUAUCUGAAUAGUUGGCAGCUACACACAUUUGCCGAAGACCUGCCUAAUAUGAUUUUGUUGGCUAUUAUUUUAUCAUGAGAAUAAGCUUUAAUAAAAUAGUUUUGCUAAAUUA